AUGGGUCAAGUUUUGGGAUGUGUUCAAGUUGAUCAGUCUACAGUAGCAAUCAAGGAGACUUUUGGGAAAUUCGACGAUGUUCUUGAGCCAGGUUGUCACUGCUUGCCAUGGUGCUUGGGGAGUCAAAUCGCUGGUCACCUCUCGCUCCGUGUUCAACAGCUCGACGUUCGCUGCGAGACCAAAACCAAGGAUAAUGUGUUUGUCACUGUGGUGGCUUCAAUCCAAUACCGAGCCUUAGCUCAGAGUGCUCAAGAUGCUUUCUACAAGCUCAGCAACACGAGGAAUCAGAUUCAAGCAUACGUCUUUGACGUGAUCCGAGCAAGUGUACCUAAGCUGGAUCUUGACUCAACCUUUGAGCAGAAGAACGACAUUGCCAAAACCGUUGAGAGUGAGCUUGAAAAGGCUAUGUCGCAUUACGGGUAUGAGAUUGUUCAGACGCUCAUCGUCGACAUCGAGCCUGAUGUUCACGUCAAGAGGGCAAUGAAUGAGAUCAAUGCUGCUUCAAGAAUGAGGGAGGCAGCGACUGAGAAAGCUGAAGCAGAAAAGAUACUGCAGAUCAAGAGAGCCGAGGGAGAAGCUGAGUCCAAGUACCUUUCGGGGAUGGGUAUUGCUCGUCAGAGGCAAGCCAUUGUGGACGGUCUGAGGAACAGCGUGCUCGCUUUCUCCGAGACUGUUCCAGGGACUUCUUCUAAAGACGUGAUGGACAUGGUUUUGGUGACGCAAUACUUUGACACGUUGAAGGAGAUCGGUGCGUCUUCCAAGUCGAACUCUGUGUUUAUACCGCACGGUCCGGGAGCUGUUAGGGACAUUGCUACACAGAUCAGGGACGGUCUUCUUCAGGGUAACGCUGCUUCUGAGUAA